UCUGCCUAAGGAAGGAGGGGAUGUUGGCGCUCUCAAGGAGGCGUGGUCUGCUGGGAGUGUGUGGGGAGGAGUCAGUCCUUAAAAGCUGUUCCUGGCUCACCCACCAGCCACCGAAGCUGAGGGCAAGUGAGUGGUGUGCUGUGUGGGCUGUGCUGCCCCAUAGCCAAAAUACUCUACAGACUUGAGUGGAAAGUUUACGGCCUCCACCGAAGCCACAGGUAGGAGAAGCGGGACUGGGCGUGGCAUUGUACUACAAGGAAAGGAGAGCAACCUGCCGUGUACUGGUUACCGGACAGAUUUUGCACUCUAAUCUCCUUAAGUGUGUAAACUGGUAGGGAGCAGGGAUUCCAGAAUAAGGACUCUGAAUUUAGGGACAAUAUAUACUUUUUAAGGACACGAGUUUCUGUGAAACAACUCCAGACCAGGAAGACACUUCCACUUUAAGGGUACUAGGUUUGCGGAGCAACUUUUCGCUUUGGAGGAGAGGGCGUGUGGGUGCCCUGUUAAGGCUUCCCUCCAUGGAGCUACCCAGCCCCUCACAAGACCAAGCCUGGAGCCUGGAACCUCCAGCUCCCACAGCCCCUGCCUCCUCGUCCUCCAUCUCCCAGGAGCAGAACGCUGGGAGCCCCGUGGCUUCCGGGGGGCUUCCCCUGGAGAGGGUGAAACGCCCCAUGAACGCAUUCAUGGUGUGGAGCUCUGCUCAGCGCCGCCAGAUGGCGCAGCAAAACCCUAAGAUGCACAACUCGGAGAUCUCCAAGCGCCUGGGAGCGCAGUGGAAGCUGCUGGGCGAGGAUGAGAAGCGGCCCUUCGUGGAGGAGGCCAAGCGGCUGCGAGCCCGGCACCUGCGUGACUACCCCGACUACAAGUACCGGCCUCGUCGUAAGACCAAGAAUGCGAGCGCUGGGCUGCCCCACUUUGGCCAGGGAAGCAGCGGUGUGUCUGGCAACGGGCCAGUCUGGGGGCCUGGGUACACAACCACCCAGGGGAACAGAGGCUUUGGGUACCAGCCCCCUAACUACUCAACAUCCUACCUUCCUGGAGGUUACAGCUCUUCCCACUGUAAACCAGAGGCCUCAACGUGUUCCCUCCAUCAGAGUAACCCUAGGCUCCAGGGGGAGUUGCUCCCCUCCUAUAACCCCUACCUAUUCUCAGGCCCUCCCACUCCUUACAACCCUCCCCUCUCAGGGCCUCCCAUGCCCCUAGCCCACCUCUAACAAUCUAGACCUCCCAAGAAGGAAUCCAACCACCUUUUUCACUCAGAACCACCCCCUACUCCCAAAUUGCAAACCCUUCUUUUGCACUGUUGGACCACAGUUCAAAGGAGGCCUGUAGUCCUCCCCCUACAACAAAAGCCAGGAGGAA